ACCAUCAGCAGCGAAAAAUUUGUUCUGAAUUGUUGUGUUAUUGUAAUGAAAUAUUUUACCGCUACUUUGCAAUAGUUUUAUAUCAAUUAAAGAAUAAAGAAUGGAAGUAACAGAAAAUAAUCUGCAAACCCUUGUAGGGUAUUUGCAACAUACAUUGAGUCCUGAUCCUGCUGUUCGUAGACCAGCGGAAAAAUUUCUGGAGUCAGUGGAAGCUAAUCAGAACUACCCUGUUCUGCUUUUAACAUUAGUAGAUAAAGCAGAUGUUGAUAUGACUAUUAGAAUUGCAGGUGCUGUUACAUUUAAAAAUUAUGUGAAAAGAAAUUGGAGAACAGUUGAUGAUGUAAAUAAAAUUCAUGAUUCUGAUAGGGAAACUAUCAAACAGCUGAUUGUGAGUUUAAUGCUUCGAAGUCCAGAACAAAUUCAAAGACAGCUGAGUGAUGCUGUUAGUAUUAUUGGACGAGAAGAUUUUCCACAGAAAUGGCCUAAUUUAAUUCAAGAAAUGGUUGCACAUUUCCAAAGUGGUGACUUUCAUGCUAUCAAUGGUGUACUCCAUACAGCACACUCAUUGUUCAAAAGGUAUCGAUAUGAAUUCAAGUCGCAAAAGCUAUGGAUUGAAAUCAAAUUUGUUCUUGAUAAUUUUGCCAAACCAUUAACUGAUCUUUUUGUGGCAACAAUGCAGUUAGCUGAAACUCAUGCAACAAAUGUGAAUGCUUUAAAAGUUAUAUUUAGUUCCCUUGUCCUCAUCACCAAGAUAUUCUACAGUCUGAAUUUUCAGGAUAUUCCUGAAUUUUUUGAAGACAACAUCAAAGUAUGGAUGAAUUAUUUCUUAAAAUUGUUAACAAUUAACAAUGAAUUACUCAAAACUGGGGAAGAUGAAGAAGCGGGUCUUCUAGAGGAUUUGAAAUCUCAAAUAUGUGAAAAUAUUGGUUUGUAUGCACAGAAAUAUGCUGAGGAGUUUGCGGAAUAUUUACCUGGAUUUGUAACUGCUGUUUGGUCUUUACUUACUACUGUAGGACAGCAAGUAAAAUAUGAUUUGUUGGUGAGUAAUGCUAUACAUUUUCUUUCAUCUGUUGCUGAUCGACCAAAUUCCAAGCAUUUGUUUGAAGCCUCUGAUGUACUGAGCUCUAUUUGUGAAAAAGUAAUCAUUCCUAACAUGGAAUUUAGAGACUGUGAUGAAGAAUUAUUUGAAGAUAAUCCUGAAGAAUACAUAAGAAGAGAUAUUGAAGGUUCAGAUAUGGAUACCCGAAGAAGAGCAGCAUGUGAUUUAGUGAAAGCUCUUGCAAGGCAUUUUGAAGCAAACAUUACACAAAUUUUCUCUAAUUAUGUUAAUGCUAUGUUGCAGAAUUAUGCAAAGGAUCCUAAUACUCAUUGGAAGAGCAAAGAUGCUGCCAUCUAUUUAGUAACCUCUAUGACUAUUAAAGGCCAGACAGCAAGGCAUGGAACAACUCAGACCAAUCAGCUUGUAGAUGUGAUUGAUUUUUUCAAUGGACAGAUCUUACCUACUCUUCAGUCAGCAAAUGUGGAUGAAUUUCCUGUUUUGAAAGCUGAUUCCAUAAAAUAUUAUGUUAUUUUUCGAAAUCAAUUACCAAAAGAGCUUGUUCUGAAUACAUUACCUCAUGUUGUCAAUAUCCUUCGAUCAAAAACUUCAGUUGUGCAUACAUAUGCUGCUCAUGCUAUUGAGAGGAUUUUCACUAUGAAAGGAGAAGGAAAUGUACCAUAUUUUCAGAAAACAGAACUGCAACCAAUGGCUGAAUUAAUUUUAAAUAAUUUAUUUGCUGCUUUUGAACAUCCUAGUUCUUCUGAAAAUGAGUAUAUCAUGAAAGCAAUCAUGCGAACAUUCUCUCUGCUUCAAGAUGGUGUUGUUCCAUUUUUAGAAGUCUUGUUACCCAAAUUAACUAUGAAAUUAAAUGAAGUAAGCAAGAACCCAAGCCGGCCUCAUUUUAAUCACUAUUUAUUUGAAACUCUGAGCUUAGCUAUUCGUAUUACUUGCAAUAGUAAUAAGAUGGCUGUUUCAAAAUUUGAAGAAGCACUUUUUCCAGUUUUCGAAAAUAUUUUGCGACAAGAUAUUCAAGAAUUUGUUCCUUAUGUGUUCCAACUGCUAUCUUUGUUCCUGGAAUUUCGAGAUCCUCCCGUCCCAGAGCAUUAUAUGGAACUAUUCCCAUGCCUUCUCUCUCCUGUCUUAUGGGAGCGAGUGGGGAAUAUUCCUGCACUCAGCAGACUCUUGCAGGCUUUCAUAGAAAAGGAAGCUCAACGCAUUGUCGCCUCACAGAAACUGAAUGGUGUACUAGGUGUUUUCCAGAAAUUAAUAGCUUCUAAAACCAAUGAUCAUGAGGGCUUCUUCAUAUUGCAGAGGCUAAUUGAAAAACUACCUGCAGAAACUUUGAAUGAAUAUCUCAAACACAUAUUUGUUCUUCUUUUUCAUCGACUGCAAAAUUCUAAAACAACAAAAUAUGUAAAAUGUCUGUUGUCUUUCUUCUUUCUCUUUACAUACAAGUUUGGACCAAGUGCCCUUAUAUCACUUAUUGAUACCAUUCAACCCAAAAUGUUUUCCAUGGUCAUUGAAAGGUUAAUCAUUCCAGACUUGCAGAAAGUUUCUGGAAACAUUGAGAGGAAGAUUUGUUCUGUUGGAAUGAUCAGAUUACUUACGGAGUCUUCAGAAGUGAUUGAUGGAUGUUAUAGCCAAUUCUGGGGUCCUCUUCUGCAAACUCUGAUUAGUUUGUUUGAGCUUCCUGAAGACGACAGCAUCCCAGACGAUGAACAUUACAUCGAAGUUGAUGAGAUGCCUGGCUACCAAAGUGCGUAUUGCCAAUUGCUCUUUGCAGGCAAAUCAGAGCAUGAUCCUAUCAAUGGGCAGGUAGCUGAUGCCAGGCUGCACUUAGCACAAUCGCUGCAGAAACUAUCAGCUAACCAUCCUGGAAAACUCCCAACGUUGAUUUCUUCUCAUCUAGCUCCAGAAGCUGCCCUGCAUCUACAGACCUAUCUCCAAGCUGCAGGGAUCGUUUUGUCCUGAAAAUGGAUGUGAUAAAUGAAUGUGAUGUCAAAAGACUGUGAAAGACAUUGUAUAUAAAUCACCAGUUGAACGUUUUUAUUGAUCGCUUUCUUGAUUUUUUUUUUCUUACAUGCUGUUCCAUAGAACUUACAAUGUGUCAGUUUUUCAUUCAAUUUAUUGAUUGAAAUAAAACAUUUUAAUUUGA